AUGGGUACUUGUAUGGUACUCAGUAAUGUGACGACGACUACCCUGGAAAAAGUAGCUUCUCUCUACCCUGACACUUUGAAAUGGUUUCAGUUAUAUAUCUGGGAAUGUAGGGAGUUCACUGUAAACCUGAUAAGAAGAGCUGAAACGGCUGGAUUCAAAUCUUUGGUAGUUACUGUUGAUUCUUCGGUAAAAGGAAAUAGAAGAGGGCAUAGGUUUACAUUUCCACCAAACAUAGAAGUUGUACAUUUACCACAAGAACUUAAGGAGAGAUCAGGUAGAAGUCCAUGCAGUUUAGCGGACCCUUCAUUAACCUGGGAAUUCAUUGCAUGGAUGAGAUCAGUCACUAAACUACCGAUAGUACUGAAAGGAAUUCUCAGCCCAGAAGAUGCAUUGCUUGCCGUAGAACACAAAGUAGAUGGUAUCAUUGUAUCAAAUCACGGAGGACGACAAUUAGAUACAGUUCCAGCAACGAUUGAAAUGUUACCGCAUAUCAUAGCUGCUGUGCGUGGCAGAAUUGAGGUUUAUGUGGAUGGGGGCAUACGCACAGGCACUGAUGUAUUCAAGGCAUUAGCAAUGGGAGCCAGGGCUGUAUUCAUUGGUAGACCAAUCAUAUAUGGACUUAAGUAUGCAGGUGGUGAUGGUGCUAAACAGGUUCUUCAAAUACUGAAAGACGAGCUCAUGAGAACUAUGGCAUUGUCAGGAUGUUCAAAGAUCAGUGAAAUCAAACCAAGCCACGUGGUACAUCAAUCAGAAUUAUUGAAAACAUGGUGUGUAAGAGAUUGA